GGACGGGAUUUCCCACCCUGGCAUCGCCUCACAAGACGACGAGGAGAUUCCUUCUUGCCGUGAAGCUGACGACCGGGAUACUGUUGUGCCAUCGUCAGCUCCUUCUGCCACGCGUUCUUGCGAGAAAGACGACAUUGAUGAGCCUUCAGCAGCAGCCAGGACUAUUAGUGUCGCGAAGUUAGUUAGCUGAAGCAUAGAACUACUUUUCUCUCGUACUAACGAAUUGGUCGCGGUCAUACAACCAUGGCGAGAGAGACCGCCGAGACCCCUGGCGUGGCGUCUGAGAGCCCCGAAUUCGCGGACUUACCGAACGGCAUGGCGGUCGCUCGGCGCGCUGUGCUUCAUCCGUCCGGCAUCGCCCAGCAAUGCGGCGUCACCUACCCGAUGCUCGGGUCCCAUCUCAAGAAGAGCGGAGCAGAGCCGGGUCGGCUUUAUUCCAUCUACUUCUUCUUCACGCCUCUGCUGACUCGCAUGGAGAACGGGAUCUUUUACACGCCCUCCUCACCAGAUAAGACAGUUCCCACGGAUCCUGCAAACGGCAUCAUUGUGGUCAACCACCCUGAGGUGAAGGCAGCAGCCAUGUGGCACAUCGGGCCAUACCAGAAGCUGGGGGACACGUACAAGGCUCUGUGUGCUUGGAUUCGGGCACAGGGGAAGUACCCAGGCAGCCUCAUGUUUGAGGAGUAUUACACCAAUCCAAUGGAAGAGAAGGAUCCAGCUAAAUACAAGACGAGGGUCUACAUGUCAUUUUCAGAUAGUUUCUUGGGGUCAAUGGGAGAGUGUAGCAUAAUGUGACUGGUUUUUUGUUUUCCGCAACCUGUGCAUAGUUUCUGCUCUGUUCUGAUUAAAAUGUUGG